AGCAGCUGAGUCCCAAGAAGCAGCCCCAAAGCAGCCGCCGAAGGACACACUAUGAGACCCCUCACACUCUUGGCCCUGCUGGCCCUGGCCGCACUCUGCCUCGCUGGCCAGGUAGAUUUGAAGCCCAGCGUUGCUGACUCUGGCAAAGGUGCAGCCUUCGUGUCCAAGCGAGAGAGCAGUGAGGUAGUGAGGAGACCCAGGCGCUACCUGGAUCAAGUGCUGGGAGCCCCAGCCCCCUACCCAGAUCCCCUGGAGCUCAAGAAGGAGGUGUGUGAGCUCAACCCGGACUGUGAUGAGCUGGCUGACCACAUUGGCUUCCACGAGGCCUAUCGGCGCUUCUAUGGCACGGUCUAG